UGUAGAAAGGAAACCUAAUCAGGAGACUCAAGAGACUGUAGCAUGGAGGGCAUGGAGGGCGAUGUGCAGGUGUGCGGGAACUGCAAAAGAAGCGUGGCCUCUGCCCAGUUCAUCACCCACGAGGCCUACUGCCAGCGAUUCCUGGUUCUCUGCCCACAGUGUGAGGAGCCCGUGCCUCGCACAAGCAUGCCGGAGCACCUGCAGGAGCACCAGCAGGCUGAGGAGUGCCCGGAACAGCCCGACAAGUCCCAGGAGCAGCUCGUGGAAUGUGAGUUCUGUGAGCUGGCUGUGCAACUCAACAAGCUGCAGACCCAUGAGUACCAUUGUGGGGCCCGGACCGAGCGCUGCCCGAACUGUGGCCAGUUUGUCAUGCUCUCUGUGCUGGCCCAGCACAAAGGCACCUGUUGGAGCACACAGGCUCUCAGUCUCAGGAAAGGGGGGGAAAAUUCAGCUCCUCAGAGAACAACAUGCUGUGAUGGCUGCAACCAAAUGAUUCCAGAGAAUAAUUAUUUGCACCAUCUGGAUAUAUGUGGUCCAAGCAUUAAGUCAAAAAGCCUUCCUCCAUCCCGCCCAAGUCAGACGGUUGAUCGUCCAUCUUCCAAGGCAAGCAGAGACGUCCGCCCAAAGUCAAAGCAGAUGAACGAAUUGCCCCCUCCCAAAAAAGGCUCAGCAAAGCAAGCAGCAAGAAGCAAAGCCAGAAUCAAGGAUCUGCCUUGGAAGUCAGAGCUCCAGGGCGGGGCUGCCUCCACCACAGCGGACGAGAUGGCCUAUGACAUCCUCAGGAGGUGUUCUCAGUGUGGCAUCCUCCUCCCCUUGCCAACCCUGACUCACCACCAGGAGAGAUGCCUGCAGUUAGCAUCCUUGAAAGGAAGGCAAGUGAGAAAUCCCAGGUAGACUGGGGAAUGAGAAGCUACCCCGGGUCUGGAAGCUUUCCUGCUGCUUUAAUGGCCUGCGUUUCAUUCUUGAGACUUCAGACGGUUUCAAUUUAAC